GAAAGAUUUCGGACCUCGAUACGUUCGUUCAUCAUGUACGUUGGGUCCGGGCGAAAAUUCGGGCCGAGUCGUUGCCUUCCGUCUUUUCUCGUAGCACGCACGCACAUCUGAUGAGAAAGAGUGCACGAGGAUGUUAUGACUCUGCACCGCAUGGAUCUGAUUUCUGAGAUAAUUCAGAAAUCAGAUGACGAUGACGAUGACUGACGGGCGCCAUCGGGUUGGCCCCAUCACAUUCCACUAUCAUGUCUGCGCAUGAUGAUACUUGCGGGAAAUUGAUUUUUUAUUUCUGCUGUCUAUACGGGCAACGACGAGAAAUCGGAGUCUGAGUUUGAGGAUCGAUACACGACGACGAGUCCAUGAUUCUUGUCACAGGACCGAGCAAGCGCUCGGGCGGUGAUUCAGCCUGAGCAUAAGAGGAUUGGAUCGGGGGGUGCGGGACCUGAUAGCGCAGUGAGAUCAGCUGCUGAUGGUGGUGGUCCAUUGACGGGGAGUCUACGACUCAACAACCGACCGGGGGCGGGAGGCUUGCAGAACUUCACACAAUGCAUCAGGUCCAGGGAAGAUGGGCGCAUGAGGCAGUGAAGGAAUGCAGAUCGCCUGCAACUGUUGCGAAGAUUGCAUCAGAAUUCGAGUCACUGACGCCAGCGCUCGUAGCAACAUAACAUCAGUCGACAUAAUUCGGGCGGGAGAAGAUUCGCUCGCAUUCAAGUCGAGCUCGGCCAAGACAGUAGGGGUCCGCGGGAGGUCGUCCAUGGGGGGUGGAAUGUUUGGAGAUGGAAGAAUAUCCCGGGCCGAAGCCUGGAAAUCUCGCGCACGUUUUGCACUCGCAAGAGCAUGCAAUGGUUCGGGUCGAGCGCCAGAAACCCGAUUAGCCUCGCAGCAUCGACGCUGCACAACACGUCGUGGAUGUGUCUCGGGAUGCGGGGUGAGUUCUCGGCCCGUGCCGUCGCUUGCCUGCGGGCGAAACCCUAUGGAGGCCAUGACGAACCCAACGACUGCAAUCAUUUCAAUAAUCGCUCCGGCCCUGGCUCAUGAAACCUUGCGCUGCACCCGAGCGUCCAGAGCACAGAGCCCGGAUGGGAUGAGCCCGGCGAAAAACAUGCAGGGGACAUCUCGGCCCCGAGGCUCAUCAAUGAGCGAGCGCCCGAGCCAGGCCGGAUGCGACCUGGGCGAGGCCUCGGCCACACGCGAGUGCGCCGGAUUCGGCGCCUGCGAGCGAGCGCGAUGCAUCCAUGGCUGCCAAACUCCGCCAAAGUCACGGGCCACAGUGGCGAGUGCCCGUGCGCGCUCAUGUUUUUCGUCCAGGAGAGGAAAUCACACGCGUGCGUGCGCUCGAGCCAUUAUCUACAACAGCGGCCGCAGCAGCAGCAGCAGCAGCAGCGGCGAGGAUGAGACCGAGAGCGGGGGGGGGAGAGCCAGGAUUCGCAAGCGCUGCGCGGCUAGAUAGACUUGUCGUGCAUGCAUGGGCGCAGAUUCACGCCGGCUCGCCAGGGCGCUCGGAGCUGGCACAGAAUAUUGCGAGCGCCUUCAUGGGUCUGGACGCCGUAAAGCGCUUCGGUCGGACAAACAAAGCGUGCAUGAUGCGGACACCUGAGCGCGAGCCCUCGCAGCCUCCUCGUAGCCUCGCCUCGUCGGGGCGUGUGGCGCGCUCGCGCCUCAGCAGCGACCGGCGCCCUGUGCGCGGCGGUCAUCCAUAUCUCCGCCCUCCGAGAUUUGCUCGAGCCCUGCAUGAUCCCGCCUUCCUUGUUCCCUGUGUUCUUCUCCUGGACCUGCAUAUGCAUGCGCAAUGAAUCGCUCCUCUUCUCACACCCGUCCUCCUGUCGCCUUCCUCCCAACCCUGGCCUCCUCCUCCUCCUCCUCCUCCUUGUGGGGGCCCCUUCCCUCCUCUCGAUGGCGUGCUCGGUGCAUCUGGCGCCAUCGUCCGCUCGCGACGAGCCUUGGCCCUCCCUUCACCCUGCUGUGCUUCGCUGCUAGCUUCUCACGGACGCGAAGCUCGAUCUCAUUCCUCCUCAUGGUCUCGGAAACGAGCGAUCCAUUUCUGCAGCAGCAGCAGCAGCAGCACCCAUUCGAGUUUCCGAUCCGCUUUCGGAGGCUGCGAAUGCUGCCCUGCCCACGUGGGUAACGGUAUGUUUGCCGCUCCCUGUUCGGUGCUACAUGCGGCAUUGACAUCCGAUCGUGGCCGCAGACAGUUCUUCUCAUCACUUGCGAGAGCGCAGGCAUUGCAAGACCGUAUGGAAAGGUGGGCGAGCUUGAGCUCCUCCUCCAGGCUUCAGGGAGAACGAGGGAAUGAAUGACCUCAGACGCCCCCUUCCCCGUCCCCAUCUUCAAGGGAUUCGCCGUCUUCGCCUUCCUUCUUCUCGCAUGAUACUCAAGCCUUCACCAUAUUCAUGCCCAUCUUUCUUCAGCUGCUCGAUUCCAAAUGUAUGCACUUUCGUGCAUGGUAGGUGUUCAUGAGGACCCCUCGACCAGGCCUCUCAUUUGGAGCAUGGAAAGGUUUUCACGACCCCAAAUCCCAUAUUAUAUCAUACGAUCUUAUACUAAGUGUCCUCUUGUAUGGCCGAUUUGAGCCUAUGCCCUGGCUCUGAUAAAAA